AUGGCGAAUUCAAUAGCAGCUACCCUCUCAAGAAGACUCCAUCGAUCUCUUCUCUCUAACCCCAGACUCUCUCAACCUUCAAUGUCCUUCUGCACAAACAACAACAUCUCCGACUUAUCAGACACUGAAUUCAAGUCAAACGAUCGAGUAGAACGAGUGACGGAGGAGCGUCCACUCGAAAACGGCCUUGACUCUGGCGUUUUCAAGGCGAUAUUGGUGGGGCAAGUGGGGCAGCUUCCUCUGCAGAAGAGGCUCAAGAGUGGUAGGACAGUUACUCUGUUCUCUGUAGGAACGGGUGGGAUGAGGAAUAAUCGGAGACCGUUGAUUAACGAAGAUCCUAGAGAGUAUGCGAACCGUUCUGCUGUGCAGUGGCAUCGUGUCUCUGUUUACCCUGAGCGUUUGGCUGAUCUUGUCUUAAAGAACGUUGAGCCCGGUACUGUUGUGUACUUGGAGGGUAAUUUGGAGACGAAGAUUUUCACUGAUCCGGUUACUGGUUUUGUUCGACGUAUACGAGAAGUAGCUAUUCGUAGAAACGGCCGAGUUGUGUUUCUAGGAAAAGCUGGUGAUAUGCAGCAGCCAAGUUCUGCUGAGCUUAGAAGCGUUGGCUACUACUGA